UUUCUCUCCUUUGUUUCUUUCUUCUCUUUCCUUUCUUUCAAAGCAGGAACCUUGAUGUGUUAAAGCUGGAGAGGCCAGCCCCUCAAGGGAAGCGGCCGAAGGACAGGCGAGUGGUGAUUAGUCCGUCCUGCGGACGGGCCUGGCACGAAGUUCCCGUGGCCGUGGGAGCCGCCACUGAACAGAGGAGGGACCCUCGACACUCGCGGAGCCCUGAGGAGCAACCCGCAGACCCACCCUGCGUACAGAAAGGCGCUAGUCUGUGAGCCCCGGUCAUCAUGGUCCACUUGAGGGCCUCCGAAGUCCGCCAGCUGCUCCACAACAAAUUCGUGGUGGUCCUGGGGGACUCGGUUCAGAGGGCCGUGUACAAAGACCUGGUGCUCCUGCUGCAGAAGGACUGCCUGCUCACCACCAGCCAGCUCAAGGCCAAAGGGGAGGAGAGCUUCGAGCAGGACGAGCUGGUGUCGGGGGGCCAGCAGCUGCCCCUGCACAACGGCACCCACUACCGCGAGGUGCGCCAGUUCUGCUCGGAGCACCACCUGGUGCGCUUCUACUUCCUCACGCGCGUCUACUCCGACUACCUGCGGGAGGUCCUGGAGCAGCUGCAGGCGGGCGAGCACGCCCCGGACCUGGUCAUCGUGAACUCCUGCCUCUGGGACCUCUCCAGGUACGGGCCGUCCUCGCUGGCCAGCUACCUGCAGAACCUGGAGCGGCUGUUCGCGCACCUGGACCAGGCGCUGCCCGCGUCCUGCCUGGUGGUGUGGAACACCGCCAUGCCCGUGGCCGAGCACAUCACCGCCGGCGUCCUCCCGCCCAAGCACCAGGCCUGGUCCGCGUCCCUGCGCGCGCGGGUGCUGGAGGCCAACUUCUACAGCGCCUCGGCGGCAGGCCGGCGCCGCUUCGACGUGCUGGACCUGCACUUCCACUUCCGCCACGCGCACCAGAGCCGGCAGCUGGACGGGGUGCACUGGAACCAGCGCGCGCACCGCCGCCUCACGCAGCUGCUGCUGGCGCAUGUGGCCGACGCCUGGGGCGUGGACCUGCCGCGCCGCGACCCCGUGGGCCGGUGGGUCCCGGCGGCGCCGGCCGGGGCUGCCCAGGGCGCGGAGAGGCGGCCCCCGGCCGGCCCGCGCUCGCGUGCCUCGGCGCUGCCCCAGCCCUCGGCCCCGCCCGCGCGCAGGCCCCUGCUUCCGCUCCCACCUUCUCCCCCGCGCCCGCCCUGGCCGCCCCUGGAGCCCUGCCACCCUCCACCCCGCCCACCCGCGGCGCCCCCCUUGCUGGUUAUCCCCCAGGAGGCCUGUUCAGCUGUAGACUGCCCUUUCCCGCCCGGCCAGCUCUCCCCUGGCCCUUUCCACUCCGACGCCCCCUUACCUACACAGUCAGGACUCCCCUGGGAAGGCGACUUUAUAUUUGACCCCCGGCCUCCCCUGGCCCCCUUCCCCCCACCCUGUUACCGGCCUGUGGUUCAUAGGGGCUACCCCCGCUUCCAUCCCCGGGGCCCCUACGCAGAGUGGAGGCAGCGACCCAGGCCUUUCAAGAGGAAGUCCCAGGCUCACCCAGGGCCAAGACCUCAGUAAAUUGACUGAGAUUAUUUUUCUCCUCGUGGACAUCACUGGACACAUCGCUGAUCUUUCGUACUCAAAGCCGUGCAUUCCCAGUGAAUGUGGAAACGAUUUCUGACCCGUUCACGUGGGCUGUGGCCGCUUUUCUCCACUCUGGGGUAACCAAACAUCACCGGCUCACCCUCCCUAUGUGUCAUUUUGUACACAUACACAUAUAUAUUUUUUUAAAUUUUUUAAUAGUUUAUUUUUAAUUAGUGAAUCAACGUGAGGGUACAGUUACAGAUUUAUACAUUUUUGUGCUCAUGUUUCCCCCAAAGUUCAAUAACCCAUCCCUUCACCAGUGCCCAUUCUCCACCACCAGUAAACCCAA